UCCGAGACAGAGCGUUUUGCUUUGCUUUGCUGGCAUGGUCUGAAAUCAUCAUACAACGUUGGUAAUUUCCAUCUCUGUCUCGCAUCAUCGUUUCCUUCACGGGUCUACCCGUCGCCUAUUCAUUACCUUAGCUUUUGCAGUAUUGGAGCCUCAGCCACCUGCAUCAUAUCUUCUAAACCACUUCUGUUUGCCGUUUCUCCUGAAGAUGGCAUUUUAUUAUCGAUUGUUUGCUUUGCAAGUGCAUAGAGCUUUUCCAGACCGCUCACUCAACCUCACAUGUGAGCCUGCCCAGGGAGUCUGGUCCAAGCGUAUGCUACCUACUCAGGUCUUGAUUAGGAUCGUAUAUUGCAGGCUGAAAUAUAGAGCAUGUAGCAUGAUCCGACUCGUGUCAUCAGGUACGAUUGGUGGUUAGCAAAUGACUCCAUUCACCGUCGUACCACAUCCUCCAGGGCAUUAUCUCAAUAUUUCCCGCAUCUGUGACUCCCAGGGUUUCCCUAGCUUUCUGAUCGAACAAGUUUGGUGAAGUUUCUAAUGCUAUCCCACCUACCCGACAAUAGUGCACAAAAUGUUUUUAUGCUUUUCCAUGAGAUCGCUUCUUUGGUGAUAUUGUUCUUUCAUUCGUGAUAUGUAAACAUGGCUUGUUUCUGGUAGUCUUUCGCGCCUUUCUUUCACAGCCCGGGUAUCGUGAUUAGCUACAUCCGAAUCAUCACCUCUAUUCUCUCAUCGAGAUUUGCAUCCUCGACUUUUCGAUCCCACAACACCGUAUCCCAUUAUUUUUAGUCGGGCCCGUCCUUAAAUUGGCUUGAUCUUGAAGUGCAGAGCGAUCAAGCUGAAAACUAGAGCCUUGAGAUCCUGAACAAGGUAGUAGAACACUCGCAGACCUUCUGGGUCAGCAGACUCUGUGACAUCCACCAGGGAUCCAAUCUUGGCGGUCUACUGUGCUGUCAGUAGUGUUCCGAAAUAUGGUGCCUCAAUGACCGACCUCGAACGCGAUAUGAUCGUUACCAAUCCGAAUCUCCAAUUCCUGGCGUCCGUCUUUGUUCUUCUGAGGCCAUUUCGAAUCAUCUUCUCUACAUUGUGUUAGCGAUGUUCAGGCAGGGCCGCUGGAUAUUCGAUUCGCCGUACUUGGUGAUCUCGCUCGUCUUGAUAAUGCGCUUGAUUUCGUCGACAACUACUGAGCUGACACACACUAUGGCUUGUCAGAAUCACUGAUUCCGCGGAGUUGGUGGCAUUCCUUACUCUCUUUUCGGAUCAAACUAUCGUUUCGGUAGUUGGAGUUGUUGGCAUAUCGGGCUACCGCGCUGCGACCAUCGCCGACGACUCGGAAAUCGAAUUCUAAGCGCGCAACACGUUAGGAUGACUUUAGAACAGUAAAUAGACGCCGUGCGAAUAUUCGUACCCAGGAAUUCGUGACCGAAACGACCCAUAUGGCCAGAGCUGUUUGAGGGAACGUCAUUAGCAUCGUUUCGCGACAAUGAAUUGACGGGGAAGCUAGAAGAAGCCAUGGAAAUAGACUUACUAAUAUCGCAAGUAGAAUGGUUCGUUUGAGGACGUCAUUUUUGCGGCUGUGGGAAGGCGGCAAGACCGGCUGGUAGUAUUACUCAAGUCAAGAUUUAUCAACUAUCACACACACUUGAGAUCGCAAGGCUGAGAAAGAAUCGCGGGACCUGACCUGGUGGUUGAGGAUGGAUAGGUGCACGGACCAUAUUCGGCGGGGCAGAACAGCUUUACGACAGCGACACCUCAGGUGUAAGACCUUCACCGUCUGUAGCCAACUACCUACCUAAACGACGCGGCUUUGGAAGUACAUCAGCUGUCAACCUAAAGCUCGACUACCUAUCCACGAGACAAUGAAGCUACACCAGAUAUAGGGGCGGUCUUCUUCGAUUUAGUUGAGUCAUAGCUCAUAGUUCAGAAGCAUCUUAUGGUUUCCUUUUUAAAAGUAACCCUCUCAAUGCUCAGUCAACGGAUACAAAAUCAACAUUGAAUGGGUAGCCUCAAAGUAUCAACCUACCCCUUGUUAAAUCACGUGAUAGCGUCCCUCACAUCAAGUCGCUUAGUGCCACCUGUUCGACAUGGCUGGCAGGACAGAUCUUCUUGAAGUUGAUGCCGUCCAGAGCUGGUCCAGAUUACCACAGGGGAUUCUGGUAAAAGCUGUUAGCGAUUGCACACCAGAUACGAUCCAGCGAAUGGCCAAGGCGGAUUCUGCUACUCAUCCCAAUAGUUAAAGCUCUACAGCAGCUCGAACCCCUGAGCUGAGCCCCCCACCGCCGAAGUCGAUACCACCUUUACCUCUAAUCCACCUCCAAACGUCCCCCUAAGAGCCACGUCCCAUCUCCAACAAACACUCCCACCAAUUUUCUCGGCCAGCAACUGGCGACACUCUUCAAGAUGUCUGGCUUUCUUGAGAAUGCGUACAGUCUCGUUCACCAGGACAAUGCGGCCGACGUCCCCACCGUUUCCGAUCUGCGCAUGCAGCUGGAGAAGGGUACCGACGAGACCAAGGUCGAGACUAUGAAGCGCAUCUUGACCAUCAUGCUCAAUGGCGAUCCUAUGCCCAGUCUUCUAAUGCACAUCAUCCGUUUCGUCAUGCCUUCAAAGUAUAAGCCUCUCAAGAAGCUUCUUUACUUCUACUACGAAAUCUGCCCCAAGCUUGACAGCAGCGGCAAGCUCAAGCAGGAGAUGAUUCUAGUUUGUAACGGUAUCCGAAACGACCUUCAACAUCCCAACGAAUACAUUCGAGGAAACACCCUGCGCUUCCUUUGCAAGUUGAGGGAAGCUGAGCUUAUUGAGCCUCUCCUCUCUUCAGCACGAUCUUGUCUCGAACACCGACAUGCCUACGUCCGAAAGAACGCCGUUUUUGCCAUCGCCUCCAUUUUCUUGCACUCGCCCUCCCUAAUUCCAGAUGCCUCCGAACUUAUUUCGACUUUCCUCGAGGGAGAGAGUGACGGUGUUUGCCGAAGGAAUGGGUUUGCCGCUCUUGUUAGCAUUGAUCACGAUGCUGCCCUCGUUUACCUGAGUUCCGUUUUUGAAGGCAUUCCCAAUGCAGAGGAGCUUCUUCAGCUUGUCGAGCUCGAGUUUAUUCGCAAGGAUGCGGUUCAGAACUCCCAGAACAAGGCACGAUAUCUGCGAUUGAUCUUCGACCUGCUAGAAGCUGGCGCUUCAACUGUCGUAUACGAAGCUGCCUCGUCUCUUACCGCUUUAACCAACAACCCUGUUGCAGUCAAGGCUGCCGCCGCCAAGUUCAUUGAGCUGAGCAUCAAGGAAGCCGAUAACAAUGUCAAGCUGAUCGUUCUUGACCGAGUUGAUCAAUUGCGCAAGAAGAAUGAGGGUGUCCUUGAUGACCUUACCAUGGAGAUUCUCCGAGUUCUGUCCAGUACCGAUAUCGACGUCCGACGAAAGGCUCUUGGUCUUGCCCUUGAGAUGGUAUCCAGCAAGAAUGUCGAAGAGGUUGUCCUCUUGCUCAAGAAGGAACUUUCCAAGACAGUCGACCAAGAAUACGAGAAGAACACCGAGUACCGAUCUCUCCUCAUCCACUCUAUUCACCAAUGCGCUAUCAAGUUUUCUGAGGUCGCAGCGAGCGUCGUGGAGCUCCUUAUGGAUUUUAUUGCCGACUUCAACAACGCUUCCGCUGUCGAUGUUAUCAACUUUGUCAAGGAAGUUGUCGAAAAGUUCCCCAACCUGCGUACUACCAUCAUUGAGCGUCUUGUCUCCACCCUGGGUGAGGUCCGAGCUGGCAAGGUGUACCGUGGCAUCAUGUGGAUCAUUGGUGAGUACUCUCUUGAAGAGAAGGACAUUCGAGAGGCUUGGAAGAGGAUAAGAGCUAGUCUUGGCGAGAUGCCCAUUCUCGCAUCGGAGCAACGGCUAUUGGAUUCUCACGAUACCGAGGAACAGGCCGAUGAUCACAUUAACGGAGCAUCAAAGCCUGCCGCACCAUCUGGCUCGCGCAAGGUACUGGCUGAUGGCACAUAUGCUACCGAGACUGCUCUUACCAGCCAGUCUUCAGCAGCUGCCAAAUUAGAGGCUGUCAAGACUGCUCAGAAGCCUCCUCUGCGCCAGCUCAUUCUCGACGGAGACUACUAUCUGGCCACCGUUUUGUCAUCCACUCUCGUCAAGCUUGUGAUGCGACACCAUGAGAUUUCCUCGGACAAUGCUCGAACUAACGCCCUCCGAGCUGAAGCCAUGCUGAUUAUGAUUUCUAUUAUCCGAGUUGGACAAUCUCAAUUUGUCAAGGCUCCUAUCGAUGAGGACUCUGUUGACCGAAUCAUGUCAUGUGUACGCUCAUUGGCUGAGUUUGAGCAGAAGAAGGAGCUUGAGACCGUUUGGUUGGAUGAUACCCGCAAGGCCUUCCGAGCCAUGGUCCAAGUGGAGGAGAAGAAGCGAGCCGCCAAGGAGGCAUUCGAGAAGGCCAAGACUGCUGUGCAGGUUGACGAUGUUGUCCAAAUUCGACAACUAGCCAAGAAGAACACCACUGAAGGCCUCGAUGAGAUGGAGGUGGAUCUGGAGAGGGCGACUGGUGGUGAGGGCACCGCUGAAGACCUGUCUUCUAAGCUUAGCCGUGUGGUUCAGUUAACCGGGUUCUCGGACCCCGUGUAUGCUGAAGCAUAUGUCAAGGUUCACCAGUUCGAUAUUGUUCUCGAUGUCCUUCUUGUCAACCAGACGACAGAGACACUUCAAAACCUCUCAGUCGAGUUCGCCACGCUUGGAGACCUCAAGGUUGUCGAGCGACCUACCACACAGAACCUGGGCCCACAUGACUUCCACAACGUGCAAUGCACAAUCAAGGUCUCAUCAACAGACACUGGUGUCAUCUUUGGCAACGUUGUGUAUGACGGUGCCCACUCUACUGAUACCAAUGUCGUUAUUCUUAACGACCUACACGUCGAUAUCAUGGACUACAUCCAACCCGCCACUUGCACAGAGACUCAAUUCCGCACUAUGUGGACUGAAUUCGAGUGGGAGAACAAGGUCAACAUUAACUCCAAGGCCAAGUCGCUACGUGACUUCCUGGACCAGCUUAUGGCCUGCACAAAUAUGAACUGCCUAACACCAGAGGCCAGUCUCAAGGGUGACUGCCAAUUCUUGAGUGCCAACCUUUACGCGAGGAGCGUGUUUGGCGAGGAUGCUCUCGCUAACCUGAGCAUUGAGAAGGAGGGCGAGGAUGGACCCAUCACUGGUUUCGUCAGAAUAAGAAGUCGAUCACAAGGCUUGGCACUGAGCUUGGGCUCUUUGAAGGGACUUAACAAGAUCGGGUCGACGGCCUAGGUCAGCUGAUAUAUGUACAAACACCUGGAUCUAGUUAUACGAGAAGGGUUGUCUCAACAUUGCAAGAUUCAUGACGAUGGUUGGAGCGGAGUCAGGGUCGGAGCAUGUUAAUGGGUGUUUUCCCACCAAAAGGCUGUGCGAUGGGUCCCUGGUAGAGUUCAUUGUAAGCAGGUUUAGGUAGACGUUGAUUACAAAGGCACAUGGUUUCAUACAGGGUCACAGUCAGAGCCAGUGGCUAUCACCAAGUGUGGUUGUAUCGCUCGGCUUUCUCGUUCAGAACAGGGGAACAGUGAUAUUAGCGAGGGCCAUGCCAAACUUUUGUUGGGUGCCCUGUCGGGUGCCUUAUUGGGCCUAUAUACAUGUGUAUAGUAAGAACAACGGCUGUUAAUAGUAUCCAAAAUCAAUCUCGACACAAGGGGAUGUGAGAGGAAUAUAAGUGGUGGGGAAAUCAUCGCUAGACCAGCAG